CGUUGAGUGAACGUACAGUACUUCCCCUUUUCCCGUACAGAUGCAUCAAAUUGCAUGUAGGCCCUACCUUACAUUAUAAUCCUACGUAUGAAGUUGGCACGCACUACAUAUACGUUGUUACUAGUUUAAUAAUUUCCGUUGGAAGAAUUUGUACUACUUGUGUGUGUACCAUAAGCUGUAGACAGGUAAUCGUGUCAUCAGUGCAUCCAGCAGCAGCAUCAGAAACACGAGGAACUAGACAGUGGCCUCCUAAGCGCACCCUUUGCACGUUUCCUGCAUGGUGUGACAACGGCUUAUGGCUAAUCUUUGCUCAGACAGCGACUCUCUGUCAGAAAGAACAAGCCUAAUGGAUUCGCAUGCAGAGGCUCGCAACACCACCCGGUCCUUGUCCGCAGGCAGACCGACCACAGAGCCCACUCGAUCGACAGGUGCAGUUGUCACAGAGAUACAGGAUGAAGAGGCAACCGAAGUAAGGCGUGGCCGGAAUGCAGCCCCAGGGGAGCAGAACAGUGCCAGGAACCGCUCCCAGCGGCAGCGCAACGCCAGCGAGGAGGCAGAGGAUGAGGAGGAGAUCCUCAAGUACGGAGCCAAGCACGUCAUCAUGCUGUUUGUGCCUGUCUCGCUCUGCAUGAUUGUGGUGGUGACCACCAUAUCCACUGUGACCUUCUACACAGAGGCAGGAGGGGGUUACCUUGUCUACACACCUUUCCAUGAGGACCAGGGUGGCGCUGGCACUAAGGCCUGGAAUGCUGUAGUGAACGCCCUCAUCAUUAUCGCCAUUGUCUUGGCGCUUACUGUUGUGUUAGUGAUGCUCUACAAGUAUAGAUGCUACAAGAUAAUCCACGGCUGGCUCAUUCUGUCGUCAUUGCUGCUGCUGUUCUUCUUUGCAUUAUUGUAUCUCCAAGAGCUGAUGCUCACUUACAACAUCCCCCUGGAUUACUUCACGGCCUGCAUCAUCAUGUGGAACUUUGGCGUGGUGGGCAUGAUCUGCAUCCACUGGAAGGGUCCUCUGCGGCUCCAGCAGAUCUAUCUCAUCGUCAUCUCAGCCCUGCUUGCCUUAACCUUCAUCAAGUACCUCCCCGAGUGGACGCUGUGGACUAUACUGGCGGCCAUUGCCAUAUACGACUUGUUUGCUGUUCUAUCACCCAAGGGGCCAUUGAGGGUUCUCGUGGAGACAGCUCAAGAAAGAAAUGAGCCCAUAUUUCCUGCUCUCAUAUACUCAUCUACCAUGGCGUGGAUGGUGGGAAUGGCGAACAAUGACCCCAACAAGCCCAGGUCAGACGGAUGUGAAAAUCCAGCACUGGAAUCAUCGACAGAAUCAGGGGCUGCCAACACAGACCCAGACGAAGAGGACGCAGCAGCAGCAGGGUUUGAUGUUCAGUUCCGCCAGCGGCAGGACCAGGCCCUGCACAGGGAGCUGAGCUGCAACUCUGACGAGGCUCGGGCGGCUGCCAACGCCCUGCGUCAGGUCCCCGAGAGGAGUCCGAGGAGACAGCCUGCGGAGGAUGAGGACGACGAUGAAGAACGUGGUGUGAAGCUUGGUCUAGGGGAUUUUAUUUUCUACAGUGUCUUAGUCGGCAAGGCCUCAGCUCAGGGGGACUGGACCACCACCAUCGCUUGCUUUGUAUCUAUACUUAUCGGACUCUGUCUGACCCUGAUCCUACUGGCCAUCUUCAAAAAAGCCCUCCCUGCUCUGCCUAUCUCCAUCUGCUUCGGCCUGGUCUUCUACUUCUGCACCAGCCUGAUAGUGUUCCCAUUUACAGACUCCUUGGCUAGCAGUCAAGUCUUUGUAUAGUACCAUCUCUGUCUCUCUCUUGAAGUCACAAGUCAUACAUUGAGCCUUUUUCUGCACGAAGUGUCUCAUCUCGCUGUGUGCGUUUUUUUACAUCUCAAGAUACUAAUUCUUUCAAAUAUGUUAUCUCAGCUGCAGUUUCGUUUUUUAUAUCCCCAUAUUUUUAAUUGACAUUGGUGCCCAACUGUGAGGGUAUAUAAUAGUUUGUACAAUUUAUGUGCUUGUGGGUGGAUAGUUCUGGUAUGUUGUGUCCAAAUCAAGCAGAACUGAAAUUUCCCCAUACAAUUUAAACCUUAGAAGAUGACAGUUCAUUUACCCGUUUAAUUUUGCCUUGGAAACAUGUCUGUGAGACUCUUUCCAAGCCCCCGGGUGUACUGAUACAAAGAGUGAAAUAGGCUUUCUUUCACAAGUCAUCCAGUCCUGAUGUAACCUGAAACUCACUCUAGUGAAGUGACACAAGAGCAUUCCUGUGUCAGUGUUCAUUCUGUUUGGCUUGUGACUUGACUAUAAGACUGUUCAACUCCAACCUCUCGGGACCACUAAAAUUAUGUAGUAUCUUCUUGGAUUAUGCACGGUUAGGAUUAGUAGUCUACUGUAAAAUUUCGCUGUUGACUUGCAGCCUAGAUAUACCUAACUCAAUUCUAAAACUGCAGUUGAUUUUCUGACAACAGAUUUUUUGCUUUGUGAUUGCCUCGAGUCACACGCAUUGUUUUGGAAUCACUAAUUUAUCAAAAUAGACAUUUGAGAGCUAAUGUAAUGUGUGUGUUUAUGGAGUAAUGACAGAUGAACUUGAUUCUGCCUGUGAAUGGAAACGUGUCGAGAUUUCAGGCAACUAAGUCUGUUGCCUCUCUUUAGAAAGUGAAGUAAAACUAAACUCAAAAUGUUUUUUAAGCCAUUUAGUAAAAUUAAUUGGAGAGAAAUCUGAGCACCUCGGCAAAGCAGAUGCAAAAACCAAGAAUAUAAGAUUGGAUUUUAUUUGCUGUUGUCCUUACUUGACGUGCCCAAAAAAGCCAGUGUAUAUUGUCGUUUGGUCUGUUUCUGUUACAAUACUGUAGUAUGGUAGAGCAGUGUCGUAGUUGAGACCUCCUAAGACCGUCACAAGACCAAAACAAGACCUCCAGUCUGAAUUCCCGUCACCGGCUAUUCACCUGAACUGCAACGCUAGCAUUCCUUGAUUACUUGUUCACCUUGUUACUUGGGACUGGUCUUGUGCAUCAUCUUGUGUCUGGUCUUUGGAAGGGCCUUGUGAUGAUCUUGACUACAUGUAUACAACACUGUGAUGGAGACAAUUAGUGCACAACCUUCGUCAAUCUGGCCGUGUUGAAAUUACUAGGCUGCGGCUGGAAUACCACAUGUCUAUAGGAAAUGCAUGUAGCCGUUAGAUGGCAGCUGCCAUAGGUGCAUGUCUUCUUUCCAGCCGUAGCCACAUCUCCGGGACACAGCCUGUUUCAGGGAAAAUGGACAGGAGCUACAUCAACAAAAUGUCCAAGAAAAGUCUGACUCGUCAAAAUUAAGGUUUUUCUGUAAGAAAUUUUAUUAGAUUCCAGGAAGUUAAAGAUAUUUUUUCGAGACUGCAUCUCUGUUUCAGUGGCUACUUCUAUGGUUCAUUUUCCAUCUCUUAGGCAAUCUGUUAAGUGUUGUCAGUGCCUCAAAUACCAUCACUGGUGCACACAGAAUCCUAUUACCGUGGGUAGCAUGGGGCACCUGGUGUUGAACCAAGAGGUGAACCAAGUUUCAUAAUUUGAAUUUGAAAUUAUUGUCGUAAACGAAUUGUUAAACCCCGGUCCAAUUGCAAACUACGCAGUGACCUGUUGCAGUGGACUUGGUUGGGUUAAAUUUUGAAUCCUGUUCAGUAAUUGAUUUUUUUUUCACUUGAUAUAGUGAAUAAUAUUAUCUCAGAUGCCAUUUUUUGUAGACAUUUGACUUGAGCACAUUUAAACUUUGAAAAGAAAGAGAAUAGCUGCCUAUUCUUUCUCUUUGAAAUCUGAUUGUUUUGUUGAUUUCAAACAUCCUGAGAACUCUUUGAAGUAUUAAAGAAAAUUUCCUGUUUAACAAUACUGAGCUGACACAUUUCUGGAGCUAAUUUACAGUCGAUUUCUGCUGUCCUGGUACCAGCAGAAUUUCGGGGUGAUUGUGUGUAUGCAGGGAAAAGGCCAUCAUGUUCAUAUGUACACGUAAAAAGUGAUAAAAUUUGACGUUCAUGAAAAUUGAAGUACACGGAGUCAUGCUUUUGUGUAUAUGGACAUUGUAAAAAAAACUUUUGUAUUUUGUUAAUGCCAUUAGCCUCGCUAUAUACAUGUAUAGUCCAUUACAUUAUAGAUUUUGUUUUUCAGUUUUUGUUCACAUUGUGGCCGCUUUUUAAGUGGAUGAUUAAAACAGACGAAUGUUAUAAUUA